CCCCGGUCCCCGGGAGACAUAAUCCCAGCGCCCCGGCCGGGCCCCUAGGAACCGCGUCCACAAGUCCCGGGGGCCGGCGUGGCAGGCGCCGGGCUCACUCCGGGAGGGGGCGGGCGCCGCGAGCCCCUUCCCGCAGGGGCGCCUGUGCCGCUGUCCGGCGGCCGGGGAGCCCGGGGGCCGCGGGGGACAGGAGCGCAGCGGACAGAGAGGCCUGGGCGCCGCCGGUCCGUGUUGCUGUUUACGCUGCGGGCGCGCAGUGCCCCCUGCCCGCCCUCCCGCUGCUCCCCCGCCCGCUCCAACAUGCCCUCAGUGCGCCUGCCGCCGCGCCCCGGGCGCUAGACCGCGCGGCCGCCAUGGGGAAUGGGAUGAACAAGAUCCUGCCUGGCCUGUAUAUCGGCAGCUUCAAAGAUGCCAGAGAUGCAGAGCAGUUGAGCAAGAACCAGGUGACACACAUUCUGUCUGUGCACGACAGCGCCAGGCCAGCACUGGAGGGGGUCAAAUACCUGUGCAUUCCAGCAGCAGAUUCACCAUCUCAAAACCUGACAAGGCAUUUCAAGGAAAGUAUUCAGUUCAUCCACGAGUGCCGCCUGCGAGGGCAGGCAGGCUUCCGCAGUGAGCCUUCAGAGUCCCCGACCCUCCCUUGCCUGUGUGGUUCUUGGCCCUGCAGCCUGGCCGGCGUCUCCAGGAGUGUGACUCUGGUGGUCGCAUACAUCAUGACGGUCACCGACUUCGGCUGGGAAGAUGCCCUGCGCACUGUGCGUGCGGGGAGGUCCUGUGCAAACCCCAACCUGGGCUUCCAGAGGCAGCUGCAGGAGUUUGAGGAACACCAGGUCUGUCAGUUCCGCCAGUGGCUGAAGGAGGAGUACGGAGAGAGCCCUUUGCGGGAUGCAGAAGAAGCCAGAGGCAUUCUGGCCACCCCAGGGAUUCUGAAGUACUGGGCCUCUCUCAGAAGACUGUAAUGUACCUGAAAUAUUGCAAAGCCAGAGUUUAGGUGCUGCCCAGAAGAAAAGCAGUCAGAGUUCAUUUUUCAGUGUCCAGAAGUAAUUUGUGAACGCACCUGUUUUCAUUUUAAACAAUACAUAUGCAGUUGUGUCAUCAUAUGUUGGGAACUACGCGUCCUCUUUGACAAGGGAAGGAUUUUUGCCUAAUUCCCCUGCUGUGGCUCCUUCUUCGCCCGUAGCCCUGCUGCCCCCAGGCCAUCUCAGGGCCCUGCUGCCCCACCCGGUGACCAUGUGGUGAUCGCGGUUGCCACUCCUGAGGGCCCUGCUGGGCACACCUGCCCCUGGGGACUGUCUCCUGGCCUGUUUCGUCCUGGGGUCUCGCCUCCACCACACGUGCGUGCAUCUGAGGUGAAGGGCAGCUGCACACGCUGCGCCUGCCCUUAGCUGGGGUGUGGAUCCCACUUGCUCCCACGGGCGCCACGAGGCACGUUCAGAGGCUGCCCCUGGCAGUGAUGCUGCUUUAUUUUAAGGCCACUGCCAUCCUCCAGAAGGAGAGUAGUGACGGCAGGAGACGUGAACUACUUUCCCUGGGAGAGAAAGCGAGUCCCCUGCUUGAGCAGAGGGAAGUCCGGGGGGUGCGCAGGGCCAUCUCCCAACUCCAGUCUCAGCUUCAAUGUGAAGGACAGUAGCUGGUGUGAAGAGCAGUUUAAGUUGAUUUCCCAGCGUUCUCUCGUCUAACUCACUCCAGUGGGGGAAGAAGGAAGUGUAACGUUCUACUUAAAGGAGAGGUCUGACGGGACCACGGGAGCUGAGGCGCGUGGGCUCAGUGGCUGAAGGAGGCUUGACCUGUGUGCUGCGUCUGCAGCGCCUGGACGCUCCUGGCAAGGGCUCGGGGCAGGACACUUUGUGCCAAAACGGCCCCUGAUGGGUGUGGGGUGACGGGCACCACAAUGCUUGUUCUGACUUAACAGGCCUACCUGGGUGAAGAACAGGUGAUCCAGGUGGAGGUGCCAGUCCUCGAGGCCCCGAGGUGUCUCCACUGCCCACCUGUGAGGGCGCGCCGGGGGGCGCGAGGAAACAGCACGAGGGACGACGGCCCCAACCCUGUGGGCUCCCCUACCCCUCGUGGCACCCACGACAAUCACCCAGUAAUCGGUGCUCUGCGGGUCACGGACUAUCACCUUGAAGCCGUAUAAACCCACAGAGAAGGUAUUAUUUCAUUCACUUGAGGCUCAGAGAGGCCAAGAAACACACCGAAAACUAAAAACGUUAGUGCUGCUUUGCCUGAACCCAGGUUUUGAUCUCAAAUCAGUGUGCGAUGUGAGAGGGAGGGGCAGAGUGCCCUGGGCUUUGCACUUCGAGGUUUGUGAGGCUGUAAUGCCAGGGCCCCUGGGAGAGCCAGCACCACUGCCUUGUGCACGGCUGUCCAAGCCAAAGCCAGCACCGCUGCCGUGAGCACGGCUGUCCGAGCCAAAGCCAGCACCGCUGCCGUGUGCACGGCUGUCCGAGCCAAAGCCAGCACCGCUGCCGUGAGCACGGCUGUCCGAGCCAAAGCCUCUGCCCGCUCCCCCCAGUCUCUCUGGGGGUUUUGUUUGGGGCCAUGGUGGGUGGUGGCCAAAAGCACACGGACGUUUCCGUUAGAUGGUAUUAACCGUGCUUAGAUGUUAGAGGCAGAGGCCCCUUCUCCGAGACCAGAGCAGGUGUUCAGGUCACAUGGACGUGGGGACGGUGAACCCCCCCGUCCCAAGGGCCUUGCCUUGUUAGAGGAGGGGGUCGUAGCCCUGGCAGUUUCUUUAGGCUGUCUUUUCUGUGAUGUUCUUUGAACACAGGUCUGUCCAGCCUGGGUCUCAGGAUCGUGGCCCAUGGUGGAAGAGACCUGCACUGCCUCUCUUCAUUCAGUCAUUUGCCAGUUUGCUUGAGAAAUGCUUAUUCAUCCCAGCUGACACUCUGGGACUCAGGCAGGGUGCACAGACCCACCCCUGAUUCUCAGAAAGACUAGCUUGGUGGGGUUGGCAGUUAGGAAAACUGGCGGUUACAGAGCCGGCCAUAAGCACUGGUAUAGGUGCCCCUGGUGCUGUGUGUGGGGAAGGCACAGAGAGGCCAUUCCAGUUUGGGUGAGAGAGGUCGUGUCCCAGGACGGCAUCUCGGAGGAGGUGGUACCUAAUCGGGGCCUGAAGCAUGAGUGCUGGAGUUGGCUGGCACAGUGGGUGCGGGGGAGUCCAGGCAGGGGCCUGGCAUGCGCGCAGGAGAGGCCACAGUCUCUCUGGGUGACCAGAGCAGGCACAGGGGUGGGCGCUGAUGAGAGGUGCAGACAAAGCUGCAGAAACAGGCAAAGGCCCAGGCUUUCGCUCUCUGCUUGGCACAGUAACUGGUUUCCUUCUCACACCAGCCCUGGAGCUGACCAAGCUCAGAGGGCGGGUGCCCUGCAGCUUCCCGCAGUCUGGUCCCCAGGCGUGGAGCCUUGCAAGCGCGUGGACGCCGUUUUGCAGGCGCGGAGUGGGGCUUGCCGAACGUGCUGGGCAAGCAGGCACCGUGACGGUGCGGGGGAAGGGGGCCCACGCUGGGGGCCUGUCAGGAGGCAGCAAUCACGGCCAUCCAGGCGACAGUCGUGGCGCCCAGAGCGGGGCUUUGGUGCGGAGGCGAAGGGGCUUGCGGGAGCCUGGGGAGGGGGAGGCCAUUGCUCCCAGGACCAGAGCCCGUGAGGGGCUUGCUUCCCUGGCGAUGGCUCUUCCCACACCAAGGUGGGGUGUGGACUCUGGCACGUUGAGGGCAGACUGAAGGGGCCGCUGGCCAGAGGCGUCCACGGGGCUCACGCCCUGCUGGCACCCAGCUUCGCGUACCGGGGGCUCAAGUCUGUCCACAGACCCGGAACAGACUCCCAGGCACCAUACUUGCGACAAUUCAUGUCCAAUCCAAAUGUCCAAUUUAUUAAUUUAUUGUGAAAGAUAAAACAUUAGCUUUAUGAAGACUAAUUUUAUCCCCUAACUAGGCUGUCUUUCAUUAUCAGAUUUUUGGAAGCCAACAUGCUGUACACCUUAACUUACACAAUGUUAUAUGUCAGUUAUAUCUCAAUAAAGCGGGAAAAGAAAAGGAGUAAAGCACCUUGUAAAUUAGUCCUGCGAUAUCUCCCUACGCUCCUGGAAGUGGGGCUGAGACCUGGGGGCGGGGUGUCCUGACAGGCGUGUCCAGAGAGGCGUGCUGUUGCCAUCGCGCCCUGGAGCAUUUCUGCAGCCUGCAGCCUCCUAUGUCCCCGUCCACGUUCUCAGCAGCCACCCUGGUCUGCGCUCCCUCUGCCUGAGCUGGUUCUCUGACUUAACUCACGUCUCUCAGAGCAACUCUGUGAACCUUGGGCUUCCCCCUGGAGAUAGGUUCCCCCUGGGGGCUUUUUUAUGUAUGGGGUGCUGAUUCUCUCCAGCUUCCGUCUCAGCAGGGGACCCCACUUCCAACUUCUGGGGCUGCUUCCUGUUGCUGGUGCAUGAGACAGCCUACAGAUUCCAGGGACUGCUGUGCAUGCGUGUGUGUGCACACAGCUGUGUUCUGUUGUUUUUAAAUUUUAUUUUAGAGGACUCCUUAGCCUUCAGGGGAGCCAUGUGGGCAACGUCAAGGGGCAUUGGGACCUUAGGCAGCAGAACCUGGGCGCCCAGGGAAAGUCAGAGCUGGUCACGACAGGCUGCCCUGCACACCAGCAUCUAGUCUUGAAAAUAGGGAACAUGCUAAGACUCAAUACCCUGUGAUCCCACAUUAGGUGACCCCUCCCAUCCUGACGCUGCGUUAUUAAUAAUUUUAUCGAGAAUGUGCUUUCAACAUGCUUGUAUUUAUAGAUGUACUUAAGAAGAAAUCACCAAGACUUGGGAGGGAAGUUCCUCUUCCCUUUCCUUUUUAUUGCCCAGAGAAAGGGAGGGAAAAAGAAACCAAAAAAAAAACGGCCUUUGACUUGUUCCCGGAGGCUUGAGAACGUUCACCGUCCCUUCUGAGGGUUUACUGGGGUCUCGCUGGGCCCCCAGCUAGGACACCCAGGCUGUCAGGUGCUUGAAUCUGGUGACAGCAGCUGCAUUUCACCGGGACACUUUGCUCUCUUGCUUCCCCCCAGCUGCAACAGUGGGACGUGAUUAUCGCAGCCAGUAUCAGAAUUCGCGUUCCCUUCUGCAGCCUGGGCUCCGCCACCUCGCCGCGAGGCCGCGGGGCCGCUCUGGGCUCACUGUCGGGGAAGCGUUGCCAUCCGCGGCUGCAGGGUGUGUGAAGGGCUCUGGCGGCCUUGACUGAGCACAGGCCGCCGGUGUUCUGAUCCCGGCGGUGUGCUGCGUCUGUGGGGAAGGGAUCGGACCUGAGAACAUCCUUUAUACCAAGGCCUGUGUAGGAAAACUAGAUGGGGCAGGGGGGCUGGUUCUGGGGGAGGACGAUCCCUUCUAGUAUCGAUAGUUCGGGACAGUUUUUGGAAACAACGCUGACCACGCCAAGUGCGUUUUGUGAGCUCGACCCAGGGAGACACAUCAGCUCAUGGGGGUCGGGGCCUGGCCCCCCGGACACUCUCACGAUGAGCACGUGUGUGAUGGGACCUUGAUGUGUGUGUCCCUCCGGCCACAGAGAGGGACAGAGUCCACUUGCCCCCAGACGUGGCCAGACCAGCACAGACUGGAACCGUGCUUUCUGGCGAGCGGCCCUGCCUGUCAGUCGGCUCUGGGUUUCCCCAAGGCACUGAUGGGAGCCUUUUUGGGAAAUAAUAAUCGAAAGGCCUCCAUGUGCCCCAGAGAAAUGUCACCUGCUUUGCAAAGGGUGUGCCCUUCACGGCAAGAGGCCACGGGCGCCCAGCUUCCUCAGAGGGCAUCCAGAGAGGCCCGUCCCGGCUCUGCCGGACGUUCCAUUCCCCUUGGUGUGUGUGUGAAGCAUGCGGAUGCCAACAGGAACAGCAGGACGGUGUGAGAUCAGGUGUGUCUCAGGUGUGCUGCGCGGUGGGCCAUUCCCGCGGCACGAGAGCCCCUCCUGAGUCAUCCGCUGCUGGGAGCUCGGAGCUGCGGGUACCGAUGCGCAGCUCGGGGCAGAGGUGGUGCUGGGCCGGGAGAGGGCAGCCGAGGCCUGGGCCCAUGGCCAGGUGGCCUGGUAGAAGUCCACUGCGACCCCAGUUCCCUGGAACACCUUGGGAGCCCCCGAGGAGGCAGCCCACUCCGUGGGGACUUCUUCUCAGACCCGCCUGAAAGAAACUCCCUGGGAGGGGUGAGCGGGCUUGGCCGGCACCCUGUUUGGUGGCGCAGAGGUGUAGCCAGAGCCCACCUUGCAGCCCCCGGGGUGGCCCCUUAUGGUCUAGGAAGGCCCCUUUGGCCCCCCUCCCCCCAUCUGGAGGACAGGACAGGCAGCCUCUGGACGGUCAACAGUCACUGAGCACUUAGUGUGUGAUGUUCCCGAAAGCGCAUCCUCUCGACAAUCUUGUCACAUAGGUUUUACUUUUAUCCCCAAUUUUGAGAUGAAGAAACUCUAGAAAUUCUAGAGAACUUGACUGUUGUCCAGUGUUGGGCCAGGAAGUGGCAGAGUGAGGCCUGGAGUCCGAGCAGCCUGACCCACUGCGCUAAGGUCGCCGCUUCCUUGUAAACGCCAGCACCGCUGGGGCAAUGCCAGGGGGUGCGGGCAUCCACGCUGGAGUUCUCUCCUGAGGUCGGGGCCUCGUGGGGAGACAGGAGGAACACAGGUGAGGCACGAGGGAAGCCUUUCUUCUUUCCACCACAUCCCCUUGCGUGGGCGCUGUGUCCACCAUACGUGCCUCCACCAGGCCUUCCUGAUACUCCCAGGGUGGCGGGCAGAGUCCUGGGGUGUCGUGGCGCCCCAGGAGGCCCUUUUCAGGAACACGGAAUUGGACCAGAGUGGGGUUGGUGCUGGGAGCCCAGCACCCGAAGCAGAUGGUGUUCUGUCCUUGAGGUGCAGCGUUACACAAGUUGAGGGGCUCCGGGGUGGGGGGGUUGUGCAGGAAGCCCAGGGAUUUGCUGUUAUUCAGCUCAGAUAACUCAGUGGAGACUCAUCAAGGACAGAGGCAGGGGAAGCAACAGUGUGUUGAAGGAACAGGGGGCCUCCUUCUGACUUUGGGGCUGAGGGCAGGGCUGGGGGCAGGGAGGCAGGGCAGGUCUUCAAGAAGGACGGGAAAGCUGGGGGCAGAAGAAGUUUCCCAUCCUGUGUCCUGUCCUGACUCCCCAGACCCAAUGGGAUGCUGGCUGGCAGGGUAUUCUGCUCGCUGUGGGCCAGACUCCUUCCUACAGGCAGCCCUGGCCCUCAGCAUGGGUGGGACGGAGAGUCCGUGAUAGGAAGAGGAAGUACCACCGGCUUCCAGGAAGUAUCAGUGUCAGCAGCUGAUGCUAAAAGUGGGUCUGAGAGAGGAGCCUGGGUUCUCCUCCACGCUUUGUCCCAGAAGCAUGCUGUCGGAGGCUUGGCCUGUGACUCACCGCUUUCAUCUUUAAAACGCAUCCUAGAAGCAUCUAUUCCUGCCAGUGUGCCCAGUGUGCCCCCCGAUCUGUACUUUCCGUGGCCCAUCUGGAGGAAUGACACCCUCCAAGGGAAGGCCAGCAGGGUCGGGUGGCCUCUGACAUCUGCUAUGAACUGUGCCCCCCUGCGAAGGGCGGGGGAGGAUGGACUGCGUGCCUCAGUCAGGCCUCAGUGCCCAGCUCACGCAGGCGCCCAGCAGCUCGCGCAGGCCGCCAUGGGGGAGGGGAGGAGCCAGGCUUGGCGGCCCUGCCUUCAAAGGCUUUUUAACUGAGUUGGGGAGAGGGGGCAGUCACUCCGGAAUGUCCUGUGAGCAAAUGCUGAGCUAGAAGCAUAAAUGCAGGCCAGGAGGCCCCUGCAGUGGAGGGUGCGCUGGCUGGGGCUGGAAAGGGAGGGGAGUCAAGGGCCUGCUGGGCGGAGGGCGAAGGAGGGGGGCGGCACGGCCAGGUGCACUUGGAAGCAGAUGUGCAGGGCAUCUGGGGGCCUGGCUAUGACUGGCAGGCAGGAUGGGCUGGAGGCGGGGGAAGAGCUGUGAGGGAGGGCAGGCGUCAGCCCGAUGGAAGUAGUGGCGGGCAGUGCUGGUUGGGGUUCCCCAGAGGCAGAGAGGGUCAGGCGCCAAAGGUGACUGGCGGGUAGCACCUGUAACGGGCGGGGGAGGAGGCUGGCGGGGCCGGGGGCUAUCAGGCCGGGGGCGGUACGGCGGCCCCAGAGAGUGGCCCGAGCCUGGCGGCGCUCACCGUCCGUCCGCACAGGCUGGGGCGGCCCGGCCGCUCUCCGGGGUCCUCAGGUGCUGCAGUGCGACCCUGCAGAGGUACUUCUGCACAAGGGUUUCCCCCGGCAGGGCCGCCGAAAUGCUUCAGGCGCGCUCCAGACUCCAGAGCUGGAGCUUCCAGGCAGCAUGGUCACCAGGUGCCCCUGGCGACCUGAAGUCCCCUCCCCGCCCCCAGGUGCGGCACCAGGACUUGGGGGAUCCCUUCUGCCCCUCCUCACAGCCAUCCCUCCAGGGGGGCAGCAGGGCCUCAGCGCUCCCAGUGCAGGAGAUGUGGAGACGCACUGGCCACAGAGCAUUUACUACAAAUAACUUUUUGUAAUAAACAACUAAACGUUGAUCUGUCUACCCAGAGCCAGCAAUCCUAAACCAUUCCAGUGCGAAAAUACUCCUCCCCCACAAUUUCUUUGGUUGAUCCAAGUCUAAAUAACGGCUGUGUCUGCUGUAGAGUCUUAAUAAUAUUACAUCACCUUUAGAUGUGGGUGUUUUUAUUACGUCAUCUUUAAUUAACGAUGUUUUCUACACGAUGUGAAUGUAGAGAACCCCAGUUAACAGGCAGCACUGGCGCAGAGGGAAUCAGCUAGGCUUAGCUCUGCCUUUUUCUUUUUCACUAAAUUCAGAAAGACUUGGAAUCCGAGCCCCAUGGGGGCAGUUUGGUCUCCAGCCUGCAGAGUAGAUUUGAAAUAACCAAGGGCAGCCCCUGUGUAACCACCUGAACAUUUACUUGCCUUUACAAUUUUGGGGCUGGAGAGAUAUUUGAAAGCUACCAGAAUUGGUCCCAAAGACGCAUAGACAUGCUAUUUAUGGAAUUUGAUGUGAAAUGGGUUUUCUAUAAAUCUCUCCCAAUCUUAUGCUUUUAAAACUUCUCCUAACUAUUUGUAUCGAUAUAUCUGUUGCUUAACAUGAAAGAAAUUUUUCAAAAUUAAAAUAAAGCAAAAGAGGUCUGUGAUCAAUGAUGAGUGAAGAUAGAUUGACAAAUCUGACAUAAAGAGAAGUUCGGUUCUCCUUAUGUUUAUUUGUUAACUUUUGCAACAAAUUUGCAAAAGUUAAGGCUUUAAAACAAAUUGUAAUUAUUCAUUAAUGUGACAGACCAACAUAUAGGUACAUAUGUAUUUCCCCAAUUUUCAAACUAUGCUUUAUUGCAAUUGAAAAGUAUUAGUCCAUGACUUUUUUCUUCUUUUUACUCUGAUAUUUAUUUUAUUUUUGUUCUCAUUUAUUUACUGGAGCGAUAAGUAUAAAAUUCAACAAGAACAUUUUUAA